AUAAAACUAACGCGGAAGUCCACGCGGAGGGAUCUGCUAGAGUUUUGUUUUUGUUGACACUGGCGUUUAUAACAGUGUUUGUUUUAUGCAGAAUUAAAAUAACACCAUCUAAUUUUAGUGGUACGUUUCUUAUAGUGUCACUCUUGUUUAAAAGGAUUAAACUGGACCGUUUUUCUUCUUUUUUUAUUGAAUGACUAGCUAGGCAGCUCGCAUUAAGUAACCGUUAGCUUGCUGCACUUUCCGGUUACAGGAACUUUAUUGAAACUGAUGCUGGAGCCUCCUGAAGCGCGCCGCCAUGUUUCACAGAAACGGGGCACCGUCACACAGAAACGGUCCUUAUCCCCCAACGCAGGUCUCUGUUACGUAUAAUCACAAUCCUCAGCGCAUCGAAGGCGCUAAUAGAGCCUUCCAUGUCCUUGAACAAGAGAGGCUUCCUCCGUAUGUAUGGAGCCCUCCUCCCUAUUUUGCUCCUGCAAUGGUUCCUCCUCAGAAACCAGCUUUGAACUACAGGCGCAAGAGGCCAAAUGCCGACAACACCCCUUAUUUUGAGAAGCGCCUACGCCUUGAUCCUCCCUCCCAUGCCACAGCUUCACCAGUUUUAAACUGGGCCCCCCCACCUAGCCGCCUUCCACAUCAAGCUGUAGCAGCACUUUCGACACCAGCUCUCUCUUGUUUGGAUCGUUUUGGACCCAGUAGACACAUCUCUACCCCUCCACAGGGCCAAACUGUGCCAAAAAGCUUCAACAGUCUUCAGGUGUAUGCUGGAGAUCAUUUGAGUCGACAGAUGGUGGAGCUAUUUGAGGCAUGCCAGCAGCAGUCUAUAGAUUUAGAACGGAAGGAGGUAUUUCGAGCUCGGCUGCAGGAAGACAUACAGAGCAUCUUUUCAGUGGCACGGCUCUACUUGACUGGGUCAUCUAUGAAUGGACUUGGCUGCCGCAGCAGCGACGCAGACCUGUGUCUGGUCAUAACGGGAAAUAAGCCUGAUCCCCUCUCUGUCCUGUCUCGCCUCAGAAAGCUUUUCAGGACACUCUCAUAUGUGGAAGGGACUUGUCUGAUACGUGCUAAAGUGCCGAUUCUGAAGUUCAAAGAGAAAGGCAGUGACCUUGAGUUUGAUCUGAACAUCAACAACACGGUGGGGAUCAGAAAUACAUUCCUGUUGAGGAGUUACGCCCAUGCGGAUCCCAGAGUAAGACCUAUGAUCCUUGUUGUGAAAAAAUGGGCGUGUCACCAUCAAAUCAAUGAUGCCAGCAAAGGAACUUUGAGCAGCUACACGCUGGUGCUGAUGGUCCUUCACUACCUCCAGACUGUCAGAGAUCCGGUGCUUCCAUCUUUGCAAAGGGAUCACCCCGAUUGUUUUAGUCCCUGCAUGGAAAUUGACAUGGUUCCAGAGGGUUCCACACAUGUUCCACCCUACAUCUCCAGGAACCAGUCCUCGUUGGGAGAGCUGCUGUUGGGAUUUCUCAGAUAUUAUGCGUCAGAGUUCAGUUGGGAUAAACAGGUGAUCUCAGUGCGGGAGGCCACAGCUUUUCCCAAGACGUACGCUCAAGAGUGGAGAAAGAAAUUCAUUUGUGUGGAAGAACCUUUUGAAAGAAAUAACGUUGCCAGAGCUGUUCACGAGAAACUGAAGUUUGAUGCCAUCAAAGCUCAGUUUUUUCAGUCUAGUAGGAAACUGCAGGCAAGACGGGACCUGAACUCCAUCCUCCCACUGAGGGCCAUCAUCAAUAAGGAGGCCUUAAGGAGGUGAACAGCCAUCUUUAUCAUUCGGCUAAUUGGUGAUUUCUACCUCAAGAAGAGACCAAGCCUGAAACGAUGGAUGACCUUUGGCGUGUAAAACACAGCAGUGUAGACUUUAGACUGCAGAGUGCCUGAUGUAGGAUCUUUCACAUUUUUCCAAAGGAUUGUUGGUAUGAAAGCCCUCAAAAAUGGAAUAAACAAGUGGACUUCAAGAUACUGCCAUUAAAGCUGUUGACAGUUACUGUUCUGAAUUGUUUAUUUUCAUUAUUGCAUUUUCUGCUGGACCUGUUUUUCCUAAUCCAUGCAGAAAAGUUUUUCUUACAUCUGAAGAUGACUUAAUGUGACUUUGUGUUCAAAUCUGCACUAAAAAGGUUCCGCUCUCCUGAUUUAUUUACCGGAUUCGUCACAAUGAUGGAACAUCUUCUCCACUGUAACAUCCACCUGAAGAUGUCAUUAUUCCUGCUCCAUCUGAUUGGGCAAUCGGUCAAUUUGCCCAAUCAUUUAUUGAUCGUAUCAGCUGUGUGGAUUUGUGAUAUAAAAACAUUAAACUGUUUUUUGUUCUUUUUUCUAGUCAGCACUUCACAAAGCUGUUGCCCGAAUAUGAACCUUUUUUUUUGAAGGAUAUAUUACAAAUGCAUUAAAGAUCAGUUUCUUUUUCUACCA